AUGAUUUCAGUUAAGUAUAUUGUAGUUUUAUUAUUUUUUUUAAAUGUUCAAUUGAAAACUUUAGCAAAUGUAUGCAAUAUAAGAACAGAAAAGAAAAGAUUUUUUCAAAGUCCUAGAAAUAGUUUAAUAAAUUUUAUUGCAAAAAAAAAAGGCUAUGAUACAAAUGGAUGGAUAGAUAUUUCACAUCUUGAAGGAAAUUUUGACAGAAUAAAUAUAAAAAUACACAAUGAUAGGGUUAUUUGCGAUGGUGACAAUCAAAUAUUUGAGGUAUCUGUAAAAAAGCAAAAACUAAUAAAGCAAACAGAAAGUGCUACAUAUAAUGAGGUUUCAUUUAAUUAUAAUCACCUAGGACCCAAUUCUUGUUUUCUUGAUCGAGUGCCUGUUAUGAAAAGCAACAGUUAUUCCAAUGCAGCUGAUUCAGAACAAAUUUUGCCAUCUAAUUUUGAAGGUUAUAUUGUAUGUGAAAAAAAGGAUUCUAAUGCUUUGUUAAUACCAAAAAAUUUUGAAACUGUUGAAUUUAUUGCACCACCAUGGAGUGUUAGAGUAAGCAUUGAUGUUUACAAAAAUCCAAUUUCUAAGUUUGGUAGACAAUUUCGAGUUACAAUAAUGGAUAAUAUAAGUAUUUUAAUGAAUAAUCAAUCUUCUUUUAAUUGGCCAGUUCCAUUUGAAUCCUUUUCUGAAGUAUAUGAUUUUCAUUUGGCAGUUAAAGAUAGUAGGGAAGGUCGUUUCUGUGUUUUAGAAAGAAAUGUAGAAACAUUCGAACUCAGUUUGAGUUGUCAUAGUUGGAGAAGAACAUACAAACUUGGACUUACAAAUUCACUUCUUCUUGCAGGAUUUGUUGGUAUGAAUGCUAUUCAAGGAAUAUCUUAUCCAUUUUCAAAAGCUGAGAAAAUUAAGUAUUAUGAAAGUGAACUAAAAGAAAAUGAACACUCUAAAAUCUUGUUACAAGAUGAAAGUAAAAAGCCAGAUGGAGCUGAUGUAUACGUCCAUGAAAGUUAUGAAAAAAAUAAAAAAAGUAAGAAAUGGAUAGGAGCCAUAAGUAAUAUAGUAUAUCUAAGUGCUACUGCUUUGAUAAACCUUGUAUAUGGUACUGUAAAGUUUGUAAAUAUAUCAUUAAAUUUAGAUAGAUUUAAUCGUGAAUUUGAAGAAGCACCCGUAUUUUACCCAUGGAAACUUCAAUAUCCAGAAGGUUACUAUGUCUACGUUAAACCUAAAUUUUAUCCAGAUGAUUAUAUCACCAUAGACAAAGGAGAUUAUUAUGAAGUAACAGAUAAAGAGACCAAGGAAGUUAAGCGUGUAUAUAAAAAAGAAAGGGAUAAUAAGACACCAAAAACUGAAGAAACCCCUGAUACAGAAAAAAAAAAAGUUGAAACAGAACAAGAAUCAAGACCAGAAUCAAAACCAGAAUCAAGAUCAGAACCAGAACCAGAACCAGAAUCAGAACCAGAAGGCUAUGAAGAUCCAUCAGUUAUGCAACAAGUAGAAACAUUUAUGUCAGACAAUAGUAGUAGUUAA